GCGAGACAGGAUUACUGGUGGCCAAGAUCACUAGCCAUACCCCGUUCUCUGGCUACGAAGGAGACCGACAGAAGUCGGAGAAGAAGAUUCUCCGGGAUGUUUUUACCAAAGGAGACUGCUACUUCAACAGUGGUGACCUCCUGAUGCAAGACCAUGAUGGCUUUCUAUAUUUUCAGGACCGGGUAGGAGACACUUUCCG